CGUGCACGCAUGGGUGCAUGAAUUUUAAUGAGUGCAAGAAGAGAGAGUGGGAGAGAGAGGGGGAAUUAAUGAAAAAGAGGCACAUGUUCUCCAUGAAGGAGAACAAGCGGUAGGAGGAGGAGGUUGGUGUGUGAGUCUGUGUGAAGGGGUGGGCGUGAGGUCCCAUUCCCAAUCAAUCAACCAUCUUGCCUCCUGCAAUGAGUGCUGAGGGACACACUGUCUUUUUUUUUUUUUUUUGCUGUGUAUGAAACCACACAGACAGAGCCAGCUGGAGCUCAGCGUUCCCACAUUUAGACAAAGACUAAUGCAGCACUCCCAGCAUCACUGAUACAGGACGCAGCUCUACAUAUCAUGUAUGUAUGUAUGUAUGUAUGUAGGAGAGAGAGACACUGGGACAAAGCAGAGGAUUCAUAUACCACACCAGUCGUGUACAUCAGGGUAGUCUUUCAUUAGUCAGUGUAAAAUCGCUCCUGUGUGGACGUUAUCUUCCUCAUCAACCGCCUGUUUAGAUGAAAGUACUACAAAUCAACCAGAGAAGUCACUGUACACUCCAGUAUUUGGAGUACAUGGUGCCCUCCCUAUAAAAAGAAAACAACCAGACAACAACAACAACAACAACACCGAGCCGACAUGAAAGUGAUCCUGUUGUUAUUAAUAGUCCGUCUGAGCAGAUUUCACAACACGGUGGAUUCAUUUGAUGCCGAUAUGAGAUGGACUCGUGCUGAUGAAGUGAAACGUGAUGGAGUCGUCUCCCAGGUGUCAGAUUAAGGCCCAUGUUACAGCCAUCAGAUUAUGUGAUUGCAUUGGAAAUCUAAUAGCAUCGCCAUGUCCUCUGUGAUUGUGGUCAAGCUGUAAUUUCCCUGCUUCUCCCUUUUCCUCCCCAGCUGCCCUAAAAUGAUGAACACAAACUACCAGCUGCUCACAAAUCACUAAAACGCAUCAUGAUACACACAGCCAAACCUGGUCUGCUUCACUGGUUUUCCAGGGAGUGUCAAUAAAUAUAAUGUUACGCCGUGUUCGUGCUGCGACGUCAACAGUCGCGUCAGGCUGGUUAACGACUGGCACCACAACAAAACCUCAAAGAUCCAGUGAACAACCUGCCUGGCUGAGUCGCUCUUAUGUUUUUAACUGUGAAGAACCUGAACGUAAUCAACAACUGUCACGACACAUCUGCAAACCACAGGCAGAUGGAGCUGUGCUGGGGUUGGUGUUGUCAGUCAAAAAGAAGUAAGAAAUCAGAGCAGGGCAACGUUGCUGAGAAACUAAUUUUCACAGUUGCUACUCUCCCCACUGAGAUCAAUCAUUAUUGAUCAUUAUGUGUCAAAACCAUGAGGAUCCAGUCGUUGUUCUUGGCAGAGUAAAUAAACAUUAUGUUACUCUUUUCUCUGGCAGCAGGUUUUCUUUAGCAAAUGUUUUUAUCCAAAGAGACUCACAUUAUCAAGCACCUGAUUCCUCUGGGAAUCGAACCCAGGACUCUCUGCUCUCUGCUUCUGCGGCAGCCAUGCUAACUGCUUCACUAUGGAACCACAAGGCCUCGCUGUAACAAGGUAAAACACUGAUCGUUUGCUUGCUAAUUUAUGACCUUGAUAAGAUGUGAUCACGACUGCUGUCAAAACAGACACCAGGUCGUCUUUAAUUCAUGCUUCAUUCAUUUUAGGGAAAAUAUGAUUCAAAGUUGUAGUGGUUUUAAGCAAAUUGAAGCAGAUACAUAUUUAAACACCUAGUUCCACUCUAGUUAAAAGAUAAUAAUCUGCUAUGGCUCCAUAGAGAAGAUCAUCAUCUGACCAGUCUAGUAGCUUUGACAAAGCAGGUACUGUAUAUUUUAUAGUUCCAUCUUCAGCUACUCAUACUAAGUGGUCAUUAAUGGUCCCAGUGAUAACAGAUCACAGGUGAUUUAAACUAUCAUUUAACUAGAUUGCUUGCAGACAUAUGUACAGCAGGAGGUCCAUUUUCCCUGUGAAUUGCAAAGAAAUAUGAACUGGUGAUUCCAUCCCGAGGUUCAUUAAUCGCUCUGUUGGACGUUCACAUUACUGUAAUGUUCUCAGACUCAACUGUGGUGAACUGGAACUGGGUUUGGGGGGGAAUAAAUGGAACCAUUUUCUGCAUGUUUCUAAACAAUAACAUUGUGACUUUAGUCCUCACAGCAGUAGUAGACCAGUCGUCUCUGAGUUAGAUCUGUUAGAUCCUAUAAUAAUCAGUGUUCCUGCUCCACAGUGAUGACUCCUCAUGUCAUGUAUGGAGAUGAGGAACAACUGCCACCAGCUUCUCUGUUUCAGUUGGGAUUCAAACAAUGAUUCAAAUAAUUAAAGUUGUUGUUUUUACUGGUCUGAUGUCACAACAGGGAGAAGAACUGGAGGUUUUUUAUACAUCCAUCCAUCUGUCUGAACAUCAUCUGUACAGCUCCUCCUCCAAGUGUCUCAGGACACAUGAAAUCAAUCAGAGCCGACUGUGGCUGAGAGACACCGUGAUGAACCAAGAAAAUGUCAGAAUUAUAAUACACUUCACCUCCAACACUAGUGAUUAUCGGUGAUUAGAAAGUAACCACUUCCUGUUUCCUGCCAACUAUAAACUGCUGUCUGUCUGUCUGCGUCCUUGUCUCGAGGACACCCGUGUCCCAGUCGUCAGUCUUUGAGGUUCCUGAAUUUGAAUGCUGAGUACAGUAGUCUUUCAUCUUCCUCAAGGUCACAGACACCUAGUUCAAUCUGACAGCAGUGGCUCCUGAAUUUGUAAGGUAAUGCCACACUGUCAGACAGAGAUAGGACAGUGCCCCCUGCUGGGGGAUCCAGGGAGUAACCACACUAGGAUCAGACUGAGCCAUACAGCCUUUUGUCCUCGCAGAGAGGAUCACCAAUCUGAACGACUGUACCAGGACAGUUCUUGGUCCAACUUUUAUUUUGCAUUAUUUUUGUACGCAUUUCAAAAACAGCAGAACCAGCGUUGGUGUCUGUGUCCUUAAUGAAACAAUACUUUUUUUUUCAUCCUCCUUUUCCAGCUUAGUUAAGUCAAGUUCUGUGAAAUGUUUAAUGAACAAACAGUUCAUGCUGCAGUCCAUGGUUCAUGUUUGGAUAUGUAAAUCUGGGGCUGUAUGAUUGCCCUGCCACAAUGCUAUUCCACCUCCGUCCACUGAAGGGGUGCCCUGCGCAUACUUGGCCUGGGGGAAAGCAUCUCCAUGGAAACCAAGACAAUGGUGGCACAUUGGUUUAUAGGGCAACUGGGCAAAUAGUUUUUUAUUCUUGGAGGACAAUGAGACUGGAGAGUUCUGGCACUGGAUCAGCUCUGACUGCUUCAAGCAGAGUUAUUGACUAUACAAUAAUACACACUUAUUUCCACCUAAUUAAAAGAGUGUUUUUUAGGAGUCUGGUGUAGUUUGUGACUAUGGCCACAGAGGGAGUGGUGCUGCUGUAGUGAAGUCUUAAAAUCAAUGACACCAAAGAGAAAACAUUCUCUUAUGAUUAACAGAAACAAAGGUUACAAUAUUUUUAAAAAAAAGUCAUCUAUCAAUCAAGAUUGUAACCCCCCUCCUUUCUCCCCCCCCCCCCCCAAAGAAUCUAGAACAGCCACUGUCCCUUGAGUCUGCUGUCUGUCAAAGUCACACAUUAAGGCUGUCACCUCUGACCAGCAGGAAACACAGGUUUGAUUGGACACUAAUUACAGUCUUCAGAAUAAUCUGAACCCAAAUCUGAAUAAUGCCAGGGUUUGAAGGUAGAUUUGGUUUUUCUCUCUGGUCCAGUCACAGGCAGCGUUUGUUGUUUCUAGAGGCAGAACGGAAAACGAAAUGAAAAAACAAAAACACGCACUCGUUUGUGAUUGUACAGAGAAACAUGUCAAAAAAUCUGGAACGACCUGUGAUAUACUUUGCACAGAAACUGAGCUGGAUGUAACAAACUAAAUAACAUCUUCAUCUUCUGCCUCAGUUCUCCAGUCCAACAACUUUAAACCUCCAGCUACACCUGGGCUCAAAUUCAUGUUCAUGUUUUUGUGUAAAGACAUUGGAGCAACCAAAGAUACUUGACUUAUAAAUGACAUAUAUUUCUAUCAUCCAUCCAUCCAUCAUCAUCCACCCUACCUUCACACCUUCUUUCUUUCCUUCCUUCUUCCUUCUUUACUCACUCUCUUACCUAAUGACCUUCACACCUUCUUUCCUUCCUUCCUUCCUUCCUCUCUUACCUAAUGACCAGCUCACCUUAUUUCUUCCUAACCAGUUUUCAUUAAGUCAACAUUAACUAAAGUCUGGGACAUCGGUGUUCAUCAUAAUGUCCUUGAUAUGGAGUUUAAAAUGACCGUUUGAGCUCUUUCAGCACCAUGGACAGAGAGCUGAAGAGCGAUUGGGUCAACAGUACCACGUUACGGAUUAUCGUAAUCUGUCUAUUGGUUUGAAUGAACGGGACGGUAGAUUCGACGACUGUGAUUGGUCCAGAGCAGUAACAUCCAGCUGAUCCUGUCACACUGUCAGUCAUAAACUGACACAACAGUCUAACAGUGAGAGACGACCUGCUCUGAUAGUUCGUCGUCGUGCAGUCGAACUGUCCCUCCGUGUGACUGUGUGUGAGAGGAGAAGCCGGUGCUCCGUGGAGGAGGCCCAGGAGGCUGAAGGAGUUCGACUCAGAGGAUCACGUGACGCCGUGCCCACAUGGCAGAGCCCAACUUCCCGCCGCUGCCCGGAUUCAUUCCGCUGAAGCCGUGUUUCUAUCAGGACUUUGAUGAGAUCCCAGAGCAGCACCGCAGCAUGUGCAGGAAGAUGUACCACCUGUGGAUGUGUGAGUGCACGUUAAACAGUGCCACCCUGGCGGUCAAUCUCAUUGGCUGCUUUGCCUGGAUGUUCGGUGGAGGAGGCGUGACCAACUUUGGACUGGCCAUCAUCUGGCUGCUCAUGUUCACGCCCUGUUCCUACGUCUGCUGGUUCAGGCCCAUCUACAAGGCCUUCAGGAGUGACAGCUCCUUCAACUUCAUGAUGUUCUUUUUUGUGUUCAUCGCCCAAGUUGGCAUCAGUAUCAUCCAGAGCAUCGGUAUCCCAGGAUGGGGAGUCUGUGGUUGGCUGGCAACCAUUUCCUUCUUCAGCUACAAUAUUUUGAUUGCCCUGAUCAUGUUGGUCCCUACGGUCAUGUUCACUGCUGUGGCCUCGCUGUCGUUCAUCGCUCUCACCAGGAUCCAUAACUUCUACCGUGGCACCGGGGCCAGCAUGACCAAAGCUCAGGAGGAGUGGAGCAGUGGGGCCUGGAAGAACCCUCACGUCCAGGCAGCUGCCCAGGAGGCCGCCAUGGGGGCAGCUGCUGGAGCCGUGCAGAGCCAGUACUCCAGCCCACAGUACCAUGACAACCAGAUGUAGCGCCGCCUCUGCAGAAAGGUGUCUGAAAAUGAAGGGAAAGUGAAGGUGAAAGGGAAGGAAUUAGUUAUAUUCUUUCUUUGGUUGUUUUAAGGAAUAACAAAAAACAAAAAAUAUUUCUGGGAAAAGUAGUUUUGUAUUUUGUCUGAUUUUUAAUUCAGCAACUAGUAUUUCUUAGCUAUUUUAAAAUAAAUAUAAUAAUAAAUACCUCAGAGGAAUGUACUUCAUUAUUUUUAAAUGUCAAUUCCAUUGUUUUUUUAAUCACUUUGUGUUUGUUCCAGUGAGAGAUGUUAAAUGUAACUAGUCUUUAAUGUGUUUUAAUAGUACAGACAUUUUGUGAAAGGUUCCAAAUGUCUGAAUUUAAAUAAUGUUCAUUUCUGUGACUGUUGGACAAUUUUAUCGUUACUGAAACCUAUACUGCUCUGAAGACAGAGAAUAGAAAAAAGAACAGGUUCUGUGAGAAUGUGAAUAUUAAUAAAUGUGAGUAAAAAUAAAUAUGAAAAUUCAUCAAUGAUGUUUGUUUUUAUAGAAAAAAAUAAACCGUUAAAUACAUACAUUUAUGACAUCCUUUAACAGUGCAAUAUGGCUAACUGACCACUGAGAGGCGCUGCUGCUUUUAGUAUAACAAACUCAUGUACAGUUUACCUUCAUUCAUCCUUCACAGAUCAUUUCUUCUGUUUCCACCUUCUCUGUCUGUUACUUCCGGACAUCAGCAGCGAUUUGAAGACUGUGAAAAUUAUUCUACUCUAUUUUAGACGUGACGUUUUGUUUGUGUCAUGUUGAUGGACACGUUCGUAUCUGGAAGAAUGUUGUAAGACCUGCCACAGCAGCAGGAACAGCAGUAACAGCAGCAGU